AUGAAUACUAUUAUGACAAAAGUACUCAUCGUGGCCUUUUUGGCCGUUGCAACUCUGGGGUACAAAGUUGACAAGACUUCUGAUGCCGAAAAGUUCAAAUUGGGCAUUAGAGCGCUUUGCAAGAGCAAUAACGCAGAAGAGGAAGCGACUCAAGCUGUGGCUGCCUUUGAAAGUUUUUACAAUUACUUUGCGACAUUUGCUACCGAUGCUUUUGCUUACGAGUUCUGGGAGGCAAAAAACAAAGGUGAACUAAACAAAUUCUUCAACAAGUACUGUAGCAAAGCGCAAGAAAUAAAGACAGGUAUCAGUACCUUCUUCGGUGGACUCUACCCUUGUUUGCACUCCACUGUCCGCAAUGACGUCACGGCUGACAACGCUGCCACGGCGGAGUUCAUUGACUACUUUUGCCACAAUGAUGGCGAAAGACCAAUUGCUUUCCUGACUGAAGGUGGUUCUGAUUAUUUGAAGAAGAACUCAGGAUACGUUUCUGAUUGUGUUACCGAGAAGCGUAAAAAUAUAACCGAAAAUGACAACCCGUUCGACGUCUACAGGUUCUGUGGUCGAGUGGUGGAUGUUUUUUCGUGCGCUUUGAAGAUUCUCGAGGAAUCUCCGCUAAAAAACGCCAUCAACCAAGGACAGUCGUUGGUCACUUUCUUCACGAAGCACACAUUCUGCAAAGACCGGGUAAAAACGGUGUAG